AUGGCUUAUCCAUGCUUGAACUGCAAUAAUGAAGUUACCAACUGCCAAGAGGCUAUACUAUGUGAUUCCUGUAAUCGUUGGUGUCAUAGUAAUGUGGCACUGACAUUACCCGCCAAGAGUCCCGUGCUGCAGUACGAGAUAACAAAGAUCCUCCUCCCUCUUUCAAAAAGGACCAAAUCAUCGAAGAGGACAGGAACAGCCACAACUUAUUGGCAGUGCGGCAACAGGCUUAAGAAACUGUACUGUUCAGCCACAGUAAUAGAGAAUGAGGGAACGUUCAGACUUGGUAAAAGUAACCACAGCCAUCCAGCAGAAGUAGGGGCAGCCAUUACAUCAAAGAUACUUGCAGAUGUCAAAAAGAAAGCAACUACGAACGUCUUCAAGCCAGCCUCUGCAAUUGUGAAUAAGGUUCUGUCUGAAAGAUUGCAUGAAGGACCCUGCCCAUCACUGCCUAAGCCUGCCCAUAUUGCUCGAGCCGCAAACAGACAUCGACAAAAAUUAAGACCUGAGGACCCGACUGACCUGACCUUCGAACUACGUCCCGACUGUAUUCCAGACAAUUGCCUCCAGUGUAAUAGUAGAGCUCAUGUGUGGGCUGGGUGACUUUGCAGGGAUCCAAAUGUAAAUGUAAAUGUUUUGCAGCGUUUUCGU